CGUUCCGCUCGGUGUCCCUGCCCCGUCCUUGCCUCAUCCCGAUCCCUCAUCCCGGUCCCUCAUCCCGAUCCCUCAUCCUGUUCAUUCAUCCCGAUCCCUGAUCCCGACCUCUCAUCCCGAUCCCGAUCCCUGAUCCUGUUCCCCGUCCCUCUCUCCCGAUCCCUGAUCUCGUUGUUCCCGGUCCCGCCCUGGCACCGGCUCCGCUCCCUCGGGCUCCUCCGGCGGGAUCUUCCCUCCGGCCGGGCCGGGAAGGAGGGACAGCCCCGGGCUGUGUCCCUGAGGCGGAAUUCCAGCUUUUCCUUAUUUCUUUUGGGAUUUUGCUGGCGUUUGAUCGUGGCAGGGGUCUCAGAAUCCCGGGAUGCUUUGGGUGGGAAGGAGCUUAAAUCCCAUCCGCUUCCAACCCCAGUGCCUCCCCUGUCCCGGGCUGCUCCAGCCCGGCCUCGGGCACUUCCAGAGAUCCGGGAGCAGCCACGGCUUCCCUGGGAAUUCCCCCCAGCCCCUCUCCACCCUGCACGAGGAGCAGAGCAGGGAUGGCUCCGGGAAGUUCGGAUGUUCCCGGUGCCUCUGAGGUCACUGGCUGAGGCUCCAGCGGCUCCUCCUGCUGCCCCCAUCCCAAAAUGGGCAGGAUCAGCAUCUCCUGCCCGCUCCCGGGCUGCUGGCACUGCGGCCUCUGCCCCGCGGGUGCCCCACGGCUCCUGAGCGCGCCUGGCCGGCGGCGGCUGCUGCUGCUGGGGGCCGGGGCUGCGACCGGAGUGCUGCUGCUCUGUGGGCUCCUGCUGCUGCUGCUGCGGGACCAGCCCCGCCACGGGACAGAGCGCAGAUUCCUGGCCAGGGUGACGGAUACGGAAGCCACGGACACUGGGAAUCCCAACCUGAACUACGGGAUUGUGGUGGAUUGCGGCAGUAGCGGCUCCCGUGUGUUUGUGUACUGCUGGCCCCGGCAUAACGGCAACCCCAAGGACCUGCUGGACAUCCAGCAGAUGAGGGACAGCUCCAGGAAACCCGUGGUGAUGAAAAUCAAACCAGGAAUUUCAGAGUUUGCCAGCUCUCCCGCCGAGGUCAGUGAUUACAUCUCGCCCCUGCUGAGCUUCGCUGCCGCACACGUCCCGCGCUCCAAGCACAAGGAGACUCCUCUCUACAUCCUGUGCACGGCGGGAAUGCGCAUCCUGCCCGAGAGCCAGCAGAAAGCCAUCCUGGAGGAUCUGCUCACAGACAUCCCCACACGCUUUGAUUUCCUCUUCUCUGACUCCCAUGCUGAGGUGAUAUCUGGGAAGCAGGAGGGAGUCUAUGCAUGGAUUGGGAUCAACUUUGUCCUUGGAAGAUUCGAGCACACGGAUGAUGAGGCCGAGGCGGUGGUGGAGGUGCAGAUCCCGGGAAGCGAGCACCGCGAUCCCAUUUUCCGGAAGAGAACCGUGGGAAUCCUGGACAUGGGCGGGGUCUCCACGCAGAUCGCCUACGAGGUGCCCCCGAGUGAGGAGGUGGCCAAGGGUUUGCUGGCGGAAUUUAAUUUGGGAUGCGACGCCCACCAGACGGAGCAUGUGUACCGCGUCUACGUGGCCACAUUCCUGGGAUUUGGUGGGAAUGCAGCCCGCAGGAGAUACGAGGAGAGCCUCUUCUCCGGCAGCCUCCUGGGGAACAGCCCGCAGUUCCCGCUGCCGGAUCCGUGCCUGCCGCGGGACGCGCUGGAUGAGCUGCGGCUGCACGGGCGGACACUGCACCUGCGUGGCUCCGGGGACUUUGGGCGCUGCCGGGAGCUGCUGCAGCCACUGCUGAACCGCAGCCAGGACAGCCGGGGCUCCCUGAACGGCGUCUUCCAGCCGCCCGUGCACUUCCAGAGCAGCGAGUUCUACGGAUUCUCCGAGUUCUACUACUGCACCGAGGACGUGCUGAGGAUGGGCGGCGACUACAGCGCCGCCAAGUUCGCCAGGGCUGCCCAGGAUUACUGUGCCACCAGCUGGUCAGUGCUGCGGGAGCGCUUCCAGCGUGGGCUCUACGCGCCGCACGCAGAUCUGCACCGCCUCAAGUUCCAGUGCUUUAAGUCCGCCUGGAUGUUCGAGGUUUUCCACCGGGGCUUUUCCUUCCCGGAGAGCUAUGGGCGGCUGCGCACGGCGCUGCAGGUCUACGACAAGGAGGUGCAGUGGACGCUGGGGGCCAUCCUGUACCGCACCCGCUUCCUGCCCCUCAGGGACAUCCAGCAGGAAAAUUUCCGUGGGAUUCACUCACGCUGGAGGAGCUUUUCCUUCGUGUACAACCACUACCUAUUCCUGGCCUGCUUCCUGGUGGUGCUGCUCUCCAUCCUGCUCUACCUGCUCCGGCUGCGCCGCAUCCAUCGCUGCCGGCUCCACAGCGGCGCCUCCCCGGCCCUCUGGAUCCAGGAGGGGCUCCCCGCCCCGAAAAUCCCGGGAUAACAUUCCGGGAUGGACGAUUCAUCCACACACACACGCAAAAAAAAGCCAUUUUUGCCUCAGGGUUCCUCCUUUUUUUGCCCCUUGGAGAAGUGGAGCUGGGAAUUCCAGGCAGGCUUGGGAAUUCCAGGGAAAUGGGGUGGCGAGGGAAAAAUGCCAAAAAAUGACUUUGUUGGGAAUGUUGCACUUUGGGGCAUGCGGGAGAGUUCCCACCCUUGGGAGAGGCUGAAAUCCCAGGAUGAACUUGGAUUUUCCUGCCGGAUUCCAGCGUUGCCAUCCCUGCUCUCACUUUGGAGUCUCAAGGAACAAGAAGUUCCAAAAACAAGGAAAAAAAAAACUCUUUUAGGACAUUUUCUGUGAUUUUUCCCUUCUGGAAUCACUCGUGGGAUGGAGAAGGAAAAUCCCUCGCAUCCAAUGCUGUGCUUCCAUAAAAAAACUGCUUCCAUCCCUUCCGCGCCCUCCUUUUUCCUUGGAAGCUUCACCCUCCCAGUGGGACCGGUCGCUGCUUUCAAUCCCUAAUUUCUGUUCCAUAAUCAUGAAGAGACCUCCCAGAAACUCCGGGAAUGUGAAGAGAUCUGGAAAAGCGGAGCAGAAUGUGCACAGGGUCUUGCCGAGUCCUCUGGUAAUUUAUAUUUUAUUUAAAACCUUUGAUUUUACUUGAAAGUCAAUUUGUCCAUGAUUAAAAGUGGGAUUUCUAUGAA